AUGGGCAAUAUCUGUCCAUGGUGCAGAAAUUCAGACGAUUCGCAACCGAGCAAUAAUCAUGGUGACCAUUCAGCGAUAUCAACUUCACAACGGUCUUUAAUAUCGCCCGAUGCCAAUGAUCGAACACCAUUAUUGAACAAAUCCGGCGGUCAUAAUCAAUAUCAAUCUUCGGUGCCUACAGGCCUCCUUAGUACAUCAACAACUACAGAACCAUCAUCACUUUUAUCAAACAUUGUUCCCCCGCCACCGCCACCACGAUUGUUAAAUGAUAAUCAUACUGAUUUAACGACGAAAUUCCCAUCCACUGAAAUAGCUGAAUCAUCGAUGGCUAUUAUUGUUGAACGCAUGUUACCCGACUUAAUCGAUGUUGGAGGUUGGGGCGGUGGUGCGCAUCAAACAAAUAUGAAUAUACAAAAUUCGAAUGCUCAAAAUGAUUAUUUAAAGCAAAUCCUAUGUAAAUCAUUACAAUCAACUCGAAUAUCUGCUUUACCAGAUGCUGGUGCAUCAAAUCUAUCAUCGUUACUUUCGAGUCGACCAAUAUCAUCUGAUUUAUGUCAUUUUGUUGCACAUACAGCUAAUGAAUUAUCGCGUUUAUUAAUUGAUGAAAUUAAAAUUGUUCAUAAAGAAGAUCUUGUGGUUACUUUUGAAUAA